AUGACCGAGCUACCCCCAUCCAGGAUUCAUAUAUUGAUUAGAUCUACCGAGCUUAAUCUUCAGAACGAACGAUCACUAUUUGAAAUUAAUUCAAACACUACAGUCAAAGAGUUGAAACAAUCAAUAAUUCAAAGAUUGGACAACCGACAAGUGACAAGGACAUUUUAUGAACAAGUGGUAUUGUCGUUUCAAGAACGGGUACUUCCAAAUGACCCUGCAACUGAUGAGCUUGAUGUUCCUGUGGCUCUUCAACUUACAAAUGAUGGAAUUCGAGAAAUGAAUAAUGUAAUUCCAAUAAAUCUACAAAUCAAAAGUGCAGUCAAUGGAAUUCUAAGUCGAGAGUUUUGGCAAGAUUUAACUGCAGAGGAUAGAUUCGAUUUCCUACCGAUAAUCAAUCAAGAGACUGAAAGUGCACAGAGUGAAAAUCACAUUGAACCCAAUGUGGCAGUAAUUGAGCCAAUGAAAAUUGUGGCUGGUGAUGAUUGCGUAUGGCAAUUGACAGGUGAUACUCAUGAGUCAAUCUCGGAUGGCCAUGGAACAAACAAGCUUGUUAACCAAGAUGGUAUCUCCCAAAAGAUUUUUGAAAUAACCUCAACGACAAAUGGCAAUGAAAAGGUUGCUUUAAACACUUCACAAUGUAUCAUAGUGGACAAUGAAAUUCACCAACCGUACAUGCUAUUGAGCCCUGCUGGAAUUGCCAAGGUGGAUUCCGUCUUCAAACUGCAAAAGGUGAAAGUGGUGUUGCAAAAUCAGACUAAUGCCGAACAUGUCCAGGAUGAACAAGGAGGUAGACGCCAAUUUGAUGAUGACAUGUUAGAACGAGUUGUAUCCACCGGAAAGCGUUUGCUAUUGCUUGUAUUCAAGAUUGCAUUCGUCUUAAUUUUCCUUGGCUACAAACCUAAUAAGCACAUGCAAGAAAACUGGAUCAAGUAUGUUGUUUUGUCCCUUGUGCUGUUCAAUAUUUACGUAUUAUUUUUCACUGGUGAGAAUCGGAUCCAGAGACUACUAGAGCCUGGCCUUGAUUUAGCUCGUCAACCACGUGCAACUCAGAAUUUCAUCCAAGGAAUUCGUAUCUUGACAAGAACUAGAGAACAUGUUUCCAAUCUUGCUCUUGGAGUCCAGAAUGAGCUUUUGGGAAUAGUUGUUUCUCGUACUUGGGAUUUUGAGUACAUAAUGAGCAAUGAGCCCAAUUGGUACCUUGCAAUUGCAUCAAAUUUUGAGAAUUUAUGGAAAGAUGCAUUGAUUUACGUGUUAUCAAUACUGCCAUCUUUUCAAAUCAAGCUUUAUGAUGAGUUGCAUAAACGGAAACGCAUGGAGUUGAAGUUGUUUCAAGAAAAGGUACGUCUGUUCUAUGAUCUUGUGUUGCUGCUUAUACAAGAGUAUAAUAAAAGGCAUACUCCUAGUUUUAAUUUACCUCAGGCUAUUGAACUUGAACCAGUACUUGAAAUACUAGAGACGGAGAGAGAGGAAGAAAAAUUUGAGUAUUUGGUAAAAUACUAUAAAUGCUUGAAAUCUACAUUUGAUGUAUUCAACAAGCUUUAUGUCAAACACAAUUCAUUGACCAAUGACCAAGUUGACUUUUUGAAUAGUGAAUUUGAUAGAUUUGUAGCAUCUCGUAAUUGA